AUGGCGUCUGAAGAUAAUACUCCCCCGGAUUUCGUGAAUCGCAUGGAAAAGGUGCCAGCUCCAUAUCUGAGUGAGCAAUAUGGCUACAGCAAAGACGGUCUGUCCUGCGCAAUGAUUGCCUGGAUGCUGGAUCUUGAUGUCAGAACAGCCAUCAAGAAGCGCGAGUUUCAACGCACAUAUCAGAGAAUGUGCCUUUACAUUAAGCAUAUGGAGCGCCUCAUGGACCAAGCCAACAUCAAAUAUGACGCCUACACCGGCGCGGAAGACGGUCGAAGAAUGAAAAUCGCCAGAGAUACCUUCAAACCUCAGUUGAAGGCCAGGUUCAUGGCUACAGCACCGUACCCAGUCACAGCUCCUAUCAGCACCGAUGGAGAACUCUGCAGAAGCGUGUCGGAUGCGCAGACUUUUGAAUACAAGCUUCACCAGUUGGAGAUCAUUCGAUAUAUGGAGAGGGUUGAUGGACCGGCAUUGACUGAUUUCGAGACGAGUACGAGGCGGCCUAGACCUGAGACAGGCUAA